AUGGGAUUGCAAUACGAUUUUCCGCUCCUGAAGCUGGACAACGUCCAUGAAUGGAAGAAAGCGGCUUGGGGAGUCCUCUGCGAGAACAACUGCUCCAAGGCCGUGCCAUCUCCUCAGACGUGGCUUCAGAACGUCAUACACCUGGCUGCGGGCGCUGCGGGCGUGUCGCCAUCAGCGGCGGUCAAAGAUGAGUCACCAGGAGACAGGGCCACCCCUGAGAUGGACGAGAGGGCGCUAGGCCUCCUCAUGCGCAUGGUGACCGAGCCAUACAAGAACAUCGUGCUGAAUGCCAACAACGCGGCCGAGGCCUGGGCCAACCUCAUCGCCGCCGUGCAGCCGUACUCUGCGGCAAUGGUCGUGAAGAUGGAGGAGCGCUGGGCCCGCACGACCAUGGCCAACAACGCCAAGGUGGAGGACCAUGUCAACGGGCUGGUGGCGCUGCGCGAGAAGCUGGCGGCGGCCGGCGUUGUCUACAGUGAUGAGGCGCUCGUGCGCAAGGUCAUGAUGACUCUCUCCCGGCGCUUCACCGACUACAAGAUGACGCGGCGUGGCGGCAUGCCGUCACUGCCCACUCUGCUUUGCGAACUGCUGGUGUACGAGGGCCUCAUGACGCACAUCUAG